AUGGCUAACGAACACCCCCAAACAGCUCCAAAUUUAAACUUUAAUCCAUCUGGUUUUCAACCCGUUCUUUCUACAAUUGAAUACGCGCACGCUCAGGCUUUGAACGAUGUGCGCCAAAAUCAGUCUGCUCAACAACUUGAUGUCGUAACUACAGGACAAUAUUUUCAGGCAUCAGGCAAAGAGUGGGUUGAGUCUUCACAGAAAAGUCAGUCUGGUGCUAAUGGUAAUGGUGUUAGUGGAAUGGUUUCUAGUAAUGUAAUAUUAGGUGGUGGAGGUGGAGGCACUAAUGCAGGUAUCAGUAACAGUAAUGACGCGCAUGUUAACUUAUCAAUACACAGGAAUAUUUCUGCUGCUGAUAUUGGGUCUACGGCAGCGGGAAUGGGCAUGAUUGGAUACAAGAACUCUUCAAAUAUUGGACAAUAUCCUUCAAUUAAAUAUCCACCUGGAUUUACAGGUGUCAGCAAUAAUGGAUUAGUAAUGGGAAAUGGGGCAAAUGGGACAGAUUAUCAUUAUGGUCACGCCUCGUUCAGUAAUGGAGCUGGAGGAUAUGCACGCAGCAAUAGUAUAUCAGUGAUACCUCAAAGCUCGCAUACUGAGGAUGUUGCAUUGUAUGGAAAUGUUUCUUUUGCAAAUCCUUUGAUUACAGCUUCACAACCUCCACGUAGUAUUAAAAAUCCAGCAGCAUCGAAUUUUGGGAUUGGUGGAGCGGACUAUAAAUCUUUUGACUUACAAAAUCAACUCCAAACAUCUCUUAAUUCCUUGUCGGAGGAAAAUCAUGAAACUGAAUGGAACAAAAAAAUUAUACUCGAUGAUUCUCCAAAGGAAUCGAUUGUUUAUAAGCCAUUGAAACCAAUGCGAUCAGCUACACUUCCAACAACUCAGUCCGAACUUAAUAACAUGAACAAUGGUAUAUACGGAAAUGCAACAAUGGUUUCACCAACUUCUCCUUGGGGCCCUGCAUCUUCUGCGUAUGUCACCACCCCAUCAAUUAAUACCAGCUUGGGAGUACAAACUCACGGACUGAAUAAUACUGGGAGUUAUUUUCCUCCGCAGAUGCAACAAACUAUUCCCAGUGGAAAUGAUCAAUACGUUAGUUAUAAUGUUGGGUUAUAUAACACUAAUCUCAGAAGGCCAUCAUCGACCAAUAAUAUCCAGGCAAAUGGCAUCCUGCAUGAGGAUACUAAUCAUGUAAAGUUUGAUCCUGCCUCACUAGGAGGCGGAGUGCUUUUAGAAUAUUAUGAUCAUAAUAAUUCAGCACUAACAACAUCUCCAACUGGAUAUUUUCCAACUUCACAACAGGUUCAUUUUCAAUAUCGAUCUAUUGGAAAUGCACUCCCUUCAUGGAGUACGUCUGUUGCCUCGGCUGGUUCAUUACGCCGUAGAUUAGAUGGAAAUGGAAGUAACGGCGGAGAAAAAGUUGAUGACGAUGGUGUAAAAGGAAGUAUGGCAUUAUAUGAUAAAUCUGAUGUUGAGGACAUUAUAUUACCUUCACGUGACUUAGGAAAAUAUGUCGCUGGUAAUGAAUCAAAAAACUUUGCUAGAAAUGAAUUAAAAUUAGACAUUCGUGGUCUUCAAGGACCUACAUUAGUUGCUCCCCCACCCGGAUUAGAGAGUUAUCGAAGUCCGACUUCACCCAGACCCCCUAUUACUUCUCCUGUACUAAAUGGCGAUCAUAUCGAACAUUAUUUUAGUCCUACAUUGGCAGCGCUUACUUCACCAACAUUAGCUAGUGUCGCUGUUGCUAAUCAGAACAUUUUACUUGGUGUUAGGGAUGACUUAUCAUCCAAAGUUCAAAAUAAUCAAUCACUUGGGCUUGUGGAUGUUACUGACAUAUCAAAUAGUUUAAAUAAUAUGAGUUUGAUGAAUUCCAAUGGAGGUGUCUCGACUUCAGAUAUUGGUCAAGUUGCGUCAAAUGAGCUGACAGUAGUGCAUGUGACUGGACCUACUUCAAAUAAUAAGCAACAGGCAAAACUGUCAUGGGCUGCGAUUGCCAAAACUGCUCCAAAACCUCCUCCAGUAAAUACUUCUCCUGAAGUUUUGGGAGUCGUCCCAGGGGCUUAUAGUGCGGCCAUCUCACCUACAUCCGCCGUAUCACCAAAUUCCACUUUUGCAUCUAGACCGAUGUCUGCACCUACAGGUGCCUGGACUGGUAAAGCAAAAAUUGCUGGCGCUAAUCCGGGUAAUGGGAUGAAUAGCCUAUUUCCCUCGCAGCCAAAUGCAGGAUUAGCGCCUGGUUCGCUAACGAUCUCUACGGGUUCAUCAGCUUCGAAAAAAGAUAUUAUAGCGUGGGUUGCUGCGAAAGGUUAUAAUCCAAAAUCAUUCAACUGCAAGCCACCACUUGUAAACGAUGUUCAUAAAUCAUUAAAGUAUGAUAUCUGGGCUAGCACUGAAAUUGGCAAUCGACGCCUGGAUAAAGCAUUUCGCGAAAAUGCUGAUAAAGGUCCCAUAUAUUUGUUCUUUAGUGUCAAUGCGAGCGGUCAUUUUUGCGGUAUGGCACAAAUGCUUACACCAGUUGAUUAUACGACAAGCAGCAGCGUGUGGGCACAAGAUAAAUGGAAAGGUGUUUUCAAAGUUAAAUGGAUAUUUGUCAAAGAUAUUCCUAAUGCUCAAUUAAGACAUAUCCGAGUUGUAAAUAAUGAGAAUAAACCAGUCACAAACAGUCGUGACACUCAAGAACUCUACACAGAACCUGGUCGUGAAAUGUUAAAGAUAUUCUUUGAAUACCGAAGUAAAACGUCCAUUUUGGACGAUUUUGAAUUUUACGACAAACGUCAAGUCGAGAUGCGUAAAGAUGGGAUCGCUCCUUUGGUAGGACCAACCAGCCCAGGUCCGAUUACCACCAAUCCUGGAAACAGUAGUGGGAAUGUUAGUGCGACUGCUAGUCUGAAUGGAGAGUCGGAUAAUUAG